ACGUGGAGGAUACCUUUGGGUACCCCUGAGCGUCUUAUGUCUCCAGUUUAUUUUAGGUUCUACGCUGUGGGUGGGGCUCCAAACCUGACCAAUCAGCAGCGGUUUUAUAGAAUACGCUUGUGAUUCUGGCCAAUCGGAUAUAACCUAACACAGGAACUCGGCACUACAGAAGGAGCAGCAGCGUUUUGUCAGCUGCGUCAACUACAUAAGAUAACAGCUUAACUCGGGCUGUUAAUAAGCAGCUGCAAACUUUAACAUGGCUGAAGCGAGGACUUUAUUUUUAUGGCACAAAGUUGGCAAACUUUAACAACAGGACUCAAAACGCGUUUUCCGUCUAUGACGAGCCUCAUGAAAGCAAGAGCCUUAUUGUCCUAGCUUGCUGGCUAACGUUAGAUAGCUAUUUGUUGAGUUGCCUACAUGGCUAACAGAGAGAUAUGUCAGCGGCAAACUUACCGGCGGCCGGCUGCCAGCAUAAAGCAGGAGCAAGAUGACGACUCUGACGUGGAGGAGACUCACAUGGGGUUGCGGAGGGCGGAUGGGCUGGAGUCCCAGAUCAUCCACAGUGGACACUUCAUGGUGUCUUCGCCACACAGCGAGCACCCCCCGAAGAAGGGUUACGACUUCGACACUGUCAACAAACAGACCUGCCAGACCUAUCACUUUGGCAAGACGAGCACGUCGCACCUCUCCAUAGAUGCCUCUUUGACUAAACUUUUUGAGUGCAUGACCCUUGCCUAUAGCGGUAAGUUGGUGUCUCCUAAAUGGAAGAACUUUAAAGGUCUAAAACUGCUCUGGAGAGACAAGAUCCGGCUGAACAACGCCAUAUGGAGAGCCUGGUACAUGCAGUAUGUGGAGAAAAGGGGGAAUCCCGUUUGUCACUUUGUAACCCCACUAGAUGGAAAUAUGGAUUUGGACGUCCAUCGCCCUGCAGAGGCUGUUGCUUCAGACGGAAAAAACUGGAAAAGAAGAAUUGAAAUUGUGAUAAGAGAAUAUCACAAAUGGAGAACAUACUUCAAAAAAAGGCUACAGAAACACAAAGAUGAUGACCUUUCCAGCUUGCUUAAGGUGCCAGAGGAGCAGUUAUCGCUGUUUGGGGAAGUCUUUCCAGACAUGCUCCGUACUUCCUUUUAUCAGGAUGAAGAGGCUGCUGUGCGUCGAAUGAGUCGCAGGCAUAUUGAAACGCCUGCGCCCAUGGAGAUGGACACCCUCUUUGACAUGGACAUUUUGAUGUCUGAGUUCUCAGACACGUUGUUUUCCACACUGACCUCACACCAGUCUUUUGGCUUGCCCAAUCCAAGGGAAAUUGCUCAUGCAGGGAAUGCAGACAUGAUCCAACCUGGACUUAUCCCCUUACAGCCCAACCUGGACUUCAUGGACUCCUUCGAUCCACUGCAAGGUUGCGACUUAUUUCACAGCCUCCGUCAGCCUGUCCUUCCCUCUGUUUCCCCCACUGCAACAUCUGUCACCCCUCAACCCAGCAGCAGCUCCCAGUCUCAGGUCCCGUUAAUGUCGUCUUUGCAGCUUUCACCCAACCAGAUUACGCCUGCAGACUCGCUGUCCAUCCACAGCCAGGCCAGUCAGACAGACAGCGGUGGCGGAGGAGCCUACGUACUGAACUACAUGCCUCUGUUCGCUGGGCAGGUGGUCUCCAGCAAUCAGUCCACAGCUUCCCUCAACCCUCUGGAUCCCUGCCUCCCGGGUCAGAACUUAUCCUCCGCACCAGCCAUGAUUUCCUCACCUUUAAACAGCGGCUCAAUGCUGGAUGAAACUGUUGCCCCCUCUACGAUAACACACACAGCGCCCUCCACCGUCACCCCGAGCAACACAGCCAGCACCGUCAGCCACGUCUCAGCUCCUCCAUCCCAACUCCAGCUCCUCGCGCCGCUGCCUGCCACGCCCAUCCAGCAUCCUCAGGCCUUCGCUCUGCCUCGCCCCUUCCAGGCCAACAGCUCCAGCAAAGUCCGUCCUGUACCGAGGAUCGCUCCUGCAAACACGCUCCCUUCUUCCCAGUUCAUCCUCCCAGCCCCUUUUCCAGGUCAUGCUAAUGCUGUGAUUGUUGCAUCUCCACCCUCCACCGGCGUGGUUAUCACCCCUUCCCACCUGGGAGCGAGCCCUGGGUUUCAAGUUCUGCCUCACAACCAGAAGUUGCAGCAACCUGCCGUCCCUGAAGACAAGUCUUGCUUCAGAAAAAAUCUGAAAGAGCCCUCAAGUGUCGGUCAAAGUCAGACCGGAUCCAGUCAAGGGUCACCUUGUGGUCUAGAUCAGGUUCCCAGUCCUCAAUCUAUAAUCAGCGGCAGCAGCAAACCUCUGGUAAAGAGUGAGCACAAUCAGAGCCAUCACAUAUCUGCUGAACAAAAGAGACGAUCAAAUAUCAACAUUGGCUUUAAGACGCUCGGCAACCUUGUUCCCACUCUGAAGUCACAAUCAAACAUUACAAAUGCAGUCACUCUACAGAAGACAGUGGAGCACAUUGGGAAGCUCCAGCAGGAGCGGCAGCAGCUGCAGGACGAGGUCAAGAGGCUACGGGAGGAAAUAGAGGAGCUCAAUGCUUCCAUUAGUUUGUGUCAGGAGCAGCUGCCUGCGACGGGCGUGCCGAUGAGGAAGAACCGCUCUGAUCUCAUGCAGGACAAGUUCAAUGAAUAUGUGAAGAACCGCACUCUCCAGAACUGGAAGUUCUGGAUCUUCAGCAUCAUCAUCAAACCACUGUUUGAGUCGUUCAGUGGGAUGGUUUCAACGACGAGCAGAGAAGAGCUGUGUCACACCACACUGCAGUGGCUCGACAAUCACUGCUCCCUUCCUGUCCUCAGACCCAUGGUGCUCGGUACACUCCGUCAGCUGUGCACUACCACAUCCAUCCUGAGCGAUCCCUCCCUGCUUCCUGCUGAAGCCCUCGAAGCCGCCGCUAGCAAAGACGUGUAGCCGUCCUCUCAGGCGACCCAAAAGCCACCCGAACAUUUUUCAGCAUCAAAACCGUUUUCCUGCAACAUCGCCGUGUCUUCCAAAGACUCACAAGUUCCCAGACGAAUUGGUGAAACAAGAACUGUAACAUGGGACCGGAUUACUGUUACUCUGAAUGUAACGGCUUUACAUCUGGUCCGCUGCAUAAUGACUGAUGGGGGGGAAAUGCAGUAGGUACCACCUUCACCUGGAGAGGUUAUCUAAGCACUUCAUUGGAAGCUGGUACUUGUGUUUUCAUUCUACAUCAUAAAGUUGUUUUCUAAUACAGAGAUGCAGUUUAAGAAAGGGAAACGCUGAAUCAAUUUGCACCAGGAGGAAACUGUGAUUUUUAUUUUCCAGAGAAAGCUGGAGUUGGUUUAUUUUGCAACCGAUCAUCAGUUCAUGGUGGUCUGCGCCUUGUGGGCAGCGGAGAUUUAAGUUUUCCAUCGCUCAUUGACUAAGGUGAAUAUCACGCUGCCAGUGAUCUCUCCUGCUCGUUUGAUAGUAGGCAUGGACCGGUAUCAUAAUCUGUAAAAAUAUUAUGGUUUUGUCUUACCACCAAACACAAACUCACCAUCUUUAUUCACAAUGUGCAAAACAGAACAGCAUCGGCAAGCCCAUUUUUUUGUUUUGUUUGGUUUUUUUUGUAAGCAAGCUGACCCGCAGUGUGCAGCAGCAGAUGGAAACAGGGCAGCUCUGCAUCACUCGAUGCUUCACACACCUUGAAAAAUCUCAGGUUGCUCUUGCACUUCUUCCUGCUCGUUAAUAAAAUGACUUUAAGUCGUAGGAAAUGUAAAUUUUAGCAAUUUUUUAAAAAAAAUUUUAUUUUUUUGACACUAACUUUCUAAAACAUCGGUACCGGUCCCAUGUCUAUCUCUUAUUUUCUCCGUCCACUCUGAACUUCUUCCUUUUCGGGCAUGCGGCAUAUUUCUCCUGGGUUUGAGUUUCAAAACGCAGCGGUCGUUUUGUGUGUUUCUCCAGCAGCAUGGAGCCAUAUUUACAGCCCUUAUAGGGAGCUAAACCAAGAGUCUGACGCAGUGCGAAUUAUGUGUACAGAUUACAUUUACAUGCAGUAUUUCUCUGCUGAGUCUUUUCUUGAUGCUGGUGUUCACUCAGGGCUACACUUCUGCAGAAGAUCUUUGUCCCUUUUUCUGAACAAAUCAAGACCUUUAUCCUUUUCAGCAGACAUCUGCAUUAUGGGCUGGUUUCUUUGUUUUAAGCUUUUUACCUUAAUUUGUAGCAGAGCAACAAAAGCCAUAUCAAGGAGGGGAGUGAGUCAUCUGUAAGGUGCAUCAAAGAGAUUUGUCUGAUUCACAGAUUGAGAGUGAAACUCCAGAAAGAUGUCUCUGACCUCCAUCAGCCUUAAGGUCAAAGUGUCCUUACCUGUGAUCCCUGCAGCCUCACGUGUCUUUGCUUUUAUUUGGUGCUCUUCACUCCUCAGGCAGAUCUUGUAUUGUUUUGGGGGAGGAGGGGGUUUCUGCAGAACAUUGAAGUUUACAGAAGCAAAAAGCACCAUCUGUGUUUGUUUGAAUGUUCAUGUUGAUAAUGUAAAGCCUUUUAGUGGAGAUUAUGAGUCUCUUUAGAGAUUCAGCUUUUCGACAUGGUAAUUAACCUGUGAAAAUG